CGAAAGAAAGUUGACAACAAUAAACAAAGAAAAUAUUUUAAUCGAGUUUUUCCAGCAAAAUCAUCAUGGUUAUGUACGAGAUUCAUUCUCAUCCUGUCUUACAAAAGUACAAGGCUCAUAUCUGCAGUCGAGCGAGUGUUUUUCAACUGUUUAUUGCUAUUUUUACUGUGCUUUUUCCCUUACUUGUUGCAUACGCUUCACAAGGUAUUAUACUUCACUCUAUUUUCACCCUUUUGGCUUGUUUACGUUUUCCUGGAAGGCAAGAUAUAUUUGCUAUUGUGAUAAGUGUUGUAUGAUUACAAUAGAAAUGUAAUUUAUUGUAUAAUCAUAAUUUAAUUGCCUAGCAACAAAAUGUAAACAAAGCAAAGGGCACUGGUCUGGAAAAUACUUUAUAGCCUUGGCUAUAGAGCCUCGUUUUCGCACUGUAGAGCCCUUUGGCUUUACAUUACUACUGAUGUCCAGAUUACAUAAAGGUCUAUUAGUGAUGGGCGAUACCGAGUACUCGGUAUUCGAUACCAGCGAUACCACAAACAGCAGUAUCGGUAUCGAUUACUGACGUGGUAUCGUUCGACACUUGCACCCUUUUUUAAACAACAUGUUUAAUUUCACUUCUUGGUUGAAUAAGACUUAAUAAACCACUAAAAUAACUCUUAAUAUUCCAAAUGUGGUGUGCCAAGUCAUGUAUAGAGAAUAUUUAUUACGUUUUGGGCUUUUGGUUUACUUAUAGCUUUAGUUAGGUUACAUACAGUAAUGUAAAAUGUUUUUCCGCUGACCGGCAGGUAUCUAAAGUAGCCGAUACUAGCAAUUUAAGUACUCACUUCCGGUAUCGAAAAUUGAAAUUUUGUGUUUAUUUUGGUAUCGAAAUAGGUAUUGGUAUCGGCCGAUACCGAUCUUAAAAGUAUAUCGGUGUCGGUAUUAAAAAUCCUGGUAUCGCCCAUCACUAAGGUCUAUAAAAUAAAAUGUGCUUACAGAGGCAUUCACCCCCUGAAAAUAUUCAAAAUGGGAGAUGUUCAGGGGGUGAACGCCUCUCGUUAUGCUUGUGUUUGCACUAAGACAGUAUAUCCAUCAGGCAAAAAUGCAUCUUGAAAAUGAUCAGUCUCAAGUUUAAAUCAUCCCAAUCCCAAUGUUAAACUUAUGCUCUUAACAUAUUUUGAUGUAGGAUUUUGGUUAAAAGAAGCAUCUUAUAAAGAACAGCCAGAGGUUCACUUCAAGCAUCAGUAUGUUGUGUUCUUACAAGGACUAACGUCAGAUUCAUAUGUUGCUUACAGCACCUAUCAGAAUUUUAAUAAUCUUGUUAAUGAUAAACUUCGCAUUCCUGUCACAAAGGUACUUUAUUGUUGAAGGCCUGCCAUUGAUUGUAAGUUGUCAAAGAAACUGUGUGGGUGGGUGUAAUAUAACAGUCCAUAAUUACUACUGUAUGCUUCUGAGAAUUUUAUUUUUUAUUUAUGUCAUUAUAGUCUUAUGAAGAAGACACCAACAGAGAUGGCAAGAAUGAUGUCCUACAUUUCACAUUAGAAAUGCCUUUGAGCAGUAAAGAAAGUAUUUAUACUGCACAGUUGUUGUUAAUCUUUGAAUAUAAACUGCAGGUAGUUUUUAUUCCACAUUCAGCUUCUUUUGCAGUAAAAUACCUUUGACUACAGAAUACACCCUUUUGAUAAAUACUUCUGUGGCCUGAGAGCCUCAUUCUCAUGAGUCAAUACGAAUGGUUAUUAACUCAUGAUUUAUGAGAAUGAGGCUUUCACAGGGUUGUCUGCAGGAUUUUCUCACCAGGGGGCAGCAAUACCUAUAUAUGCUCUGAAAAUACUGUAAGUACCCAAAUGUCAAUGCAUUCAAAAUCAUAUCAGUUAGAUGCAUGCUUAUGGCUGCCCCAUACAGAAUCAUAUAUUGGCAUUACAUUCUGAUUCACAAGAUUAUAAUCAGCACCAUUUGGCUUAGAAAUUUGUAAUAACAUGAAAUUAGUAAGUUAAGUUUUCUGGGGGGUGGGGCAGUUGCCCUUGUAUAGCCCUGGGCUUACUAACUAUGCAGAUAUUUUAUCUUGAUGGCUGAGCGCACUUAUACACAGGCAAGUUAUCAGAUUAUCUUUUCUUUGUGCAAGUUUGUCCAGGCAAAUUUCAUGUCCCUAGGAUAGAUUGGGUCUGCAGAACUAACUGGGGUGUAUUGCAUAUUAAUGGUUUAAAGUUCAACCUUGAAAAGUUAACUUUUGUUUAUGCAUUUAAUAAGUCAGAGCAAUCAUUAAAACAUAUUUUCUCUCUUCAGAGAUUUUCAACAUUACUCAUGGAAAGUAUGGCAUACAUUCAUCACACAUCAGGCAUCCCUGGAGCGCAGUUUAUUACAACCGGAGAACUACGGCUUAAACAGAAAUAUCUCCUUCGUCACAGUGGCAGAACAACAACCUAUAAUGUUAGUGCUUUGUUUUCAGAUUUUCACAGAAAGAAACAAUAUGUAAUAGUAGGAAUUUCCUAUAUUUUCUUCUGACGAGACUCAAUGGCAAUGACUAAACUUCAACUUAAAUACGACAAUAUUUUCAGCAUCUAUUCAACUUUUUUUUUCUUUUAUUUAUUCUGUUGUAAAUUAUUUUGCAGCAACCAGUUAUUGAUAGUACAAGUGUACUUGCCAAGGCAUAUGACUUUGCGAAGAUUUUUGACAACUAUUUUAAAAGAAACGGUAAUACUGUAAAUUCUCUAAAUAGCUAUCAUGAAAGCCCCCUUUUUUAAUAAGUCCUUUGUGCCCUCCCCCCCCCCAAAAAAAAAACAAUUACUACAAAAUACACAGAACCCCUGGACAUAAGGUUGUGAUUAAUAGACUAAUACUAAUUCAUUGGCUUGGAAGUUCACUCAAGUUGACUGUGUUUCAUACUGACAGCUUUUUUACUCUAUCAAUAAAUCCCUCUCCAAUAAACCUCCUCUCCAAUAAAACUCCCCUCCUCUCCAAUAAACCUCCCCUCCUCUCCAAUAAACCUCCUUUCCAAUAAACCCCCGCUCCUCUCCAAUCAACCUCCUCUCCAGUAAACCUCCAGGCUCUCCUCGUUUCCAAUAAACCUCCUCAACCGUGCCUAAAAUCAAUAGAGGCUUUACUGUAUAUGAUUUGUUUUUUAUUCGCUGUGCAAUCAACCUAUCCCCUUUGUCAUUUUUUUUGCAGUAACAACAGAAUAUGCAAGUGGGUACCCUGUAUGGAAGUCUGGGCGAAAUACUGAAGCAACUUUUACUCUCAAAGCCACAAUACAUUACCCUGAGGAAAGAAUAUUGUAUCCUUACACAACUUACAUGACUUUUCAAAGCGUCGUUCAAACAUUGUUCAAACACAAACCACGACAGUUCAGUUAUAGACGAUUGCAGAAUACUAUACCUACACUGGACCGCCACGUUUGAGAUAUCUUUUUCAGGUAGUUCGGACACAAACCACGUACGACAGUUUAAUGUAGAACACUGCCUACACUGGACCACUACGUUUGAGAUAUUUUCCAUGUAGUUCAGACACAAAUAACGCCAGCGUAUAAGCGUAUUGUUAAAUACUGCCUGCACUGGACCCCAUUGGAGAUACAGCCUCAGGAUUUUUUCAGGGAUUUUUUAGAGCCGUUAAACGGCCCCAAAAACUCAAUCUUGAAUUGAGUUUUGAAACUCAAUCUUCUCACCAAUGUUUCAGUGCAGUAAAAAUGAAGUUGUUUGAGUUAAAUUCGUGACGUGUGGAAAUUAGUUUUCAGUUGGAAACCCGACAAUUAAGAAAAAUGGCUGGAAUUCAUCUCACAACACAAGAAAAACUAUGCAUUCGCCAUCUUUAACCAGUUUAUAGUGUCCCUUAGUGCCCCUGCUUUAACACAUUCCGUCUCAACUACACUAUGACAGGUGUCAGCCCCUCUGCUAAACUCAAUCUUCUCUGCAAAAACGGACCCAAGAGAAAAUCCGGAAAAAAACCCUGAGCCUACAGGUUAAGUCAAAGACAAAGUGUUCUUCUACCAAGAGGACGCCAAUGAUUUUAACACGAUUUUUGUGUUCCUUAACUUUAUGCUAGCUAUCGUCCAGGUUUCUGGCAGCUUAUCAAACAUGCUUGGAUCCAGUAUUUGGCCGUCCUUGUCAUCUUUCUAGCACUCUUCUCAAGAAUUAAAAGAUUUGUUUUCGAGAAUCAAAUUGUUAUGACCGUCCCGCAAAAAAUUCGAACGGAACAUUUGGCGUAAGAAGAAUGAAAAAUGAAAAGUUAAGGCAAAAGCUGUCGCGCAUUGUUCCAGCCAAGAUGGAGACGAGAAAUGUCCUACACCAAUCUCUCAACUGAAGAUUUCCCUCCUUUGAAUUGGACUGAAAGUCUGAAACAACCUUGACAGUGAAACUAGACAAUCUUUUUCCCCGCGACAAUAAAAAACAGCUUUAUUUAUUCUAGGUUAUUUUGUAUCCACAGGGUGUCGCCAAAAAAGUAGUAUACCUUUUGAAUUUUCCUAUUGUAAUAAUUUGAAUGCUUGAGCAUUAUGCUUAACACACGGAAGCGUAAAGUACAGGAUGUAUUGAAAAACGAGACCUGAAUAAGUAACUCUAACUUCUUGUUAAGUACAACAUUUUCUACUCCUGGGGCCGGUUGUAUAAAAAAGUGAUUAAAGUUAAUCAUAGUUAAGUGGAAAUGUCAUCCAAUAAGAAGCGCCUAUAUUUGAGAGUUAAUCGCUAUUUAACUACAAAAUAGUGAUUAAAAAAGUGAUUAAGAGUUUUAUACAACCGGCCCCUGGGAAUUUAAAAUAGUUUCUAAUCGUAUGAAGGAGCAUAACUGCAUGAAAAAUUGUAAAAUUACUAACUAGUCAUAUCACUUCUAUUCUGUUUUGCGCAUCCAUGGGUUCGACAUGCGUAGUAAUAAGACAUUCAAAUCCCAACAUAGGCUUGAUUUCAAACCGAGGUAUACUUUUUUGGGACACCCUGUAUAAUUAUGUAGUUACAUGAUCAUAAUUGUAUAUAUUUAGAAAAGUAACAUUAACAUCAUAUGCAAAAGUUUUAAC